CUACUGGUCUUUGGCGCCCUCUACGGGAUCCUUUCCAAAUAACAAGUGAGUAAGAAAGAGAGAGAGAGGAUAAAAGAGCGAAGGGCUAACAUAACUGUGGGUUAACCUACGGAGGAAGUCGCAGCUAACCCAAACUACGGCAGUUCCAUAGAGGCAGACCCUGAGGCACCGACCGCAGCAUGCAGCCGCCACCCAGGAAGGUAAAGGAAAGCCAGCAGGUGAAGCUGCUGUUCUCAGAGCAGCUCAGCAAACUGCAGUCCAAACAUCACCAGGACACCGAGCUGCUGGAGGAGAUCAGGUCCUUCAGUAAGCAGAGAGCAGCUAUAGAGAAGGAGUAUGCUCAGGCUCUUCAGAGGUUAGCCGUCCAGUACCAGAAGAGAGACUGGCAGAGAGGAAAUACGGACACUGUGAUUUCUGGGAGUGUGUUUGGUGUGUGGCGAUCGGUGGUGGACGCCACAGCUCAGACUGCCACCUCUCGACUCGCUGCUGCAGAAGAAUACCGUCGGCUUUUUGGAGACGCUUCCAAAAGCAUCCACAACGCCAAGGAGAUCCGCGCUAAACGAGUUCUGGAGCAGCUGCAGAGGGUGCAGGGCGAGGUGGUGGACGCCCUGCGAGAACUGCACAGGGUCAAGAAGAACUACCACCACCUGAGUCACAUCGCCGGCGUGGCCAGAGAGAAAGCGGCUGAUGCUCAGACAAGAACUAGAAAGAGUGAACAUGGGAUUUUCCAUUUCAAAUCAGGUCAACAUAAGAUGACUGCUAAGCUCAGUGCCAGGCUGAAAGAAUGUGAGGACCGUUUGAAUGAAGCUCGUAAUGAAUACCUGUUGACCCUUGCAGCCGUCAACUCACAUCACCAGCACUACCACACUAAAGACUUACCUCUCCUAAUGGAGCAAAUGGACGGAGACGUUUACGACGAUUUGAGGCACCACUUCACCCGGCUGUGUGGGACAGAGAUGGACACCUGUCUGGCCUCGCACAAGCAGUUCAGCAAGACAUGGGAUGGUGUUGCUAAGGUGACCAGAGAGAGGAAUGUUCAGCAGUUUUUGCAGGAAUCCAUUUCCUUCACAAGAACAUCAGAUUUCACCUUCCAGCCUGCUCUGCGGGACGUGAUGACUGCACUGCAGGACAUGCAGGGCUCUGAGGGAGAGAACUGCUUGGUGAAGGAGGCCAAGAAAUGGGCUGCCAAGGCUGCCAAGGAUUACAAGAUCGCCACUCAUGGGCAAAGGGCUCUGGAGAUGCUGGAGAGUCGACAGAAGCUGUUGUCAGGGGAGACGGGGCUCAACGUGGAGCAGAAGCUCACAGAGGUUCAGGAGACUGUCAGGAAAGCAAAGCUCAGCAGGGUGAAGGCGGAGGCUCGCCUGGCUCUGCUGGCCCUCAGCGUCACGGGGACCCAACAGUGGCUCCACAACGCCAUGAAGCAGGCGGAGGAGGAGCUGGAGACAGAGCGCCGUCUCAGCGAGCAGAGAAGAUCCACAGAGGAGUUUUCAGAGGAUGAAUUUGAGCUGACUGACUUUGAGGACUAUGACGAUGAGAACGGAGACAUAUUUGCAGAUCCAGUUUCUGCCUCUAGAGUGUGUGUGUAUCCUGCAGCCUGCAGAGUUGUCUACAGCUACCAGGCGAGCCAAUCAGAUGAGCUGUCGGUCACAGAGGGCGAGGAGCUUCAUGUGGUUGAAGACGGAGAUGUGGAGGACUGGCUGAAGGUGUGUAACUCCUGUGGCCAGGUGGGGUAUGUUCCUGAGCGCUAUGUGCAGUUCCAGUGUCUACCAGCAGAGGACGCUGCUCAGCUGGACAGCUCCUUCAGCUCCAGCUCAUCCUCAGGGAUUAAAGAUAGAGCAGGGGCCACCGGUGUUGUCAAAGCUCUGUACUCCUAUCAAGCUCAAAGUGCAGAAGAGCUUUCCUUCCAGGAGGGGGCGCUAAUUCGUCUCAUACGCUGUCCACAUGGAGAGGUAGAUGAUGGUUUUUGGGAAGGAGAACUAGAUGGGCGAAUCGGUGUUUUCCCGUCAUUGCUGGUGGAGCUCCUGCAUGAAGAAGAAGAAGAAGAGGAGGGGAAGGAGCCUCUCCAUGCUGCAGCUAUACCUCCCUGCUCAUCCCCCAUCAAAAUCCCCUCAGCUUCUGCUGGUGACUCUGCAAACACUGCUACUCCUCCUGCUGGUGUGGAGGACAAACAGCAGUCUGUUCACAUAGAAGAGUCGAGGGUUUCUGAGGCUGACGCUAGAGGCCCCACUCCUCCAGAGUUCCCCAGUGAUCGAUUAAGACCAUGUCGGGCUCCUCCUCCUCCGCCAACGAGCUCCACGUGGGACCGUUGAGCUUCACAGGAAAUCGUGACUUAUUUUGAGCCAAUCAGCAAUGGUUCAUGCCUCAGCAGACACUAGUGGUGUUCUCACUGCCAAAGUUGAGAAUGCAUCACAGACACUACAUAGGUUUCUCUGCGAUGGACCUGUUUAAAAGCCAGUAUGUGCACACCCUUUAACAGGUGAAAUAUUACGAGGAUCGGUGUUUAAAAUACAGUUUACAGAAUAUCAAAUAGAAAAGUUACUAUUUAUGGAGUGUCGUUUGUAAAGUUAAACAAUUUAAACUGUCAUAACAGAAAAGAAAUCAGGGUUUGUUUUUCAAACUCAUAUUUUCACUAUGUUAUUUAUUAUUUUAUAAACAUCACAGUUUCAAGCUAGAUAUUUAGCUACAAGCAAAGUAUUUAGCUUGCUAACUACAACUACAAAUUUGGCUUUCUAAUUAAAUAAUUAUCUUAGAGCUAAAUAGCUAGCUCCAAAAUAAAUAUUUAGCUUGCAUAUGUUGCUGCUAAUUAAAGCAGCAACGUAUGCUAAUUUAGCUAAACAUUAAAUGUUUAGCUAAAUAUUUUUACUGUAAAUAAAACAUUUACAUGACUAACUAAAACAUUGAUUUACAAAGUAAACAUUUAGCUUGCUAAUUAAAUAUAUCAUUUGACACUUAUAAAUGAAGGAACAACAUGGUAAAAAUAUGACUGAAAAAAAUGCUUCUUAUGGUUGGCUAAAUUAGCGGAAGUUAUUGUUGUUAAUUCUUGACCAAACUUUACAAACAAUAUCCCAUAACAGUACAUUCCUUUAGCAAAGGCAUAAUCUACAUUUAAUGGCAGUUAUGCAUGUGUAGUUUUUAAAAUAUUUGAUGUGCUUUGUACAAAAUAUUUGUAAUUCUUUUUAAUGUAAAAUCAAAUAAUUUUGUAGUGGAACUGGUGUGGUUGAAUGUGUGCCUCCUACAUAGAUUGUUGGUUUUACAGAAAAGAAAAAGGGGGGAAAGAAAACCUCUGGUGAUUGUUUACAUGUUCAUUUUAUUGGUAUAGUUUGUAUUACAUCCAUUUAUUGGCAGCUCAGUUUCUUGCUCUAAACAAAACAUCUGGGUUGAUAUAAUAAAGAACUUGACCUGGAGGGAAUUCGAUAACCGUCCACCCGAUUGGGUUGAAGAUGAGAGCUAAGGUGGUGAUUGUUAAAGAAUUUUCACCGCUGUUAUAAUAAUAAACAUUCAGAUCUCUGGAAAACUG